GUCUAGAACGCAGCCCAUACAAACAGCUGUCAUGUCAUUUGAAGGUCACCUUGUAGAAGUUCAUUUGAUGACAGAUUCAAAUUACUAAAAAUCUGCGAUUUGUUUUAAAGUGUUUCAAGUCUCAGGACAGUUCUGAUAAGUGUAUUUCAAGCAGUAGUGCCGGGGUCCCUUGAAGCCCUAAAUAUGGAUGUGAACGUGACCCAGAGGUUUAUAGAGCGAGGCUCCCAUAAGGGGAAGGGCCUCGCUGUAUUUACGAGCGGUGGCGACUCCCAGGGGAUGAACGCUGCUGUGAGAUCAGUGGUUCGGAUGGGUAUCUACCUUGGCUGCAAAGUGUACUUUAUCCGUGAAGGAUACCAGGGUAUGGUGGAUGGAGGUGAUAAUAUCGAGGAGGCCAACUGGUCUUCUGUGAGCUCCAUCAUUCACAAAGGUGGCACCAUCAUUGGGUCAGCACGUUGUAUGGAUUUCAUUAAGAGGGAGGGCCGUCUCAAGGCCGCCUACAACCUGGUGACCCGAGGCAUCACCAACCUGGUGGUGAUCGGAGGAGAUGGCUCCCUCACCGGAGCCAACCUCUUCCGUCAAGAGUGGUCCAGUCUGCUUGAUGAGCUGCUGGCCAACAACAAGAUCACUAAAGACCAGAGGGAGAAAAACAAGUUCUUGCACAUUGCUGGAAUGGUAGGAUCCAUAGACAAUGACUUCUGCGGCACGGACAUGACGAUCGGCACGGACUCGGCGCUGCACCGCAUCAUCGAGGCCAUCGACGCCAUCGUCAGCACCGCCUACUCGCACCAGCGCACCUUCAUCAUGGAGGUCAUGGGCAGACACUGCGGAUAUCUAGCUCUGGUGACGGCCUUGGCAUCAGAAGCGGAUUUUGUUUUUAUCCCCGAGUCUCCACCCAACCUCGAUUGGCGAGAAAAACUGUGUUCUAAGUUAGAGCAGGAGAGGAAAUCCGGUCAGAGGCUAAACAUCAUCAUAGUCGCAGAAGGCGCGAUAGACCGUGAAGGCAAGCCCAUUACUGCGGAGCUGGUCAAGAAUGUGGUGGUGGAGAACCUUCAACAGGACACGAGGAUCACAGUCCUCGGACAUGUGCAGAGAGGAGGGUCUCCCUCGGCUUUCGACCGGAUCUUGGGUUGCCGCAUGGGCGCGGAGGCGGUGAUGGCGCUGAUGGAGGCCACGCCCGACACGGAGCCCUGCGUGGUGUCGCUGGACGGCAACCAGGCCGUGCGCCUGCCGCUCAUGGAGUGCGUCCGACGGACCAAGGCUGUGGCGCAGGCAAUGGCGGACAAGAACUGGGACCUGGCGGUGCAGCUGCGCGGGCGCAGCUUCGCGCGCAACCUCGAGACCUACAAGAUGCUGACGCGCCUCAAGCCGCCCAAGGAGGCCUUCGACGACGCCGGCAAGCCUGUUGAAGGCUACACGCUAGCAGUAAUGCACGUGGGCGCACCAGCGUGCGGUAUGAACGCGGCUGUGCGCUCGUUCGUGCGCAACUGCAUCUACCGCGGAGACACCGUGCUCGGCAUCCACGACGGAAUGGAAGGGUUUAUCAGCGGGAACAUCGUGCAGAUGGACUGGUCAGACGUAACCGGCUGGGUGGCGCAAGGAGGCGCGUUCCUCGGCACCAAGCGCACCCUGCCCGGGGACAAGAAGGCCGAGAUCGCGGCCCGCAUCAAGCAGUUCAACAUCCAGGGCCUGCUCAUCAUUGGAGGAUUCGAGGCAUACCAAGCUGGUCUAGAGCUAUACGAAUCCCGCUCGCAGUUCCCGGAAUUCUGCAUCCCUCUCGUGGUGAUUCCCUCCACGAUCAGCAACAAUGUCCCCGGGACGGACUUCUCGCUCGGAGCUGAUACAGCCCUCAAUGAGAUCACGGAGAUAUGCGACCGCAUCCGACAGUCUGCGCAGGGCACCAAACGAAGAGUGUUCGUGAUUGAAACCAUGGGUGGAUACUGCGGGUACCUGGCGACGCUGGCUGGCGUAGCCGGCGGCGCAGACGCGGCCUACAUCUACGAAGAAAAGUUCUCCAUCAAGGACCUCCAACAGGACGUGUACCACAUGGCGUCCAAGAUGACGGGCGGCAUCCAGCGUGGACUCAUCCUGCGCAAUGAGAAGGCCAGCGAUAAUUACAACACGGACUUUAUAUACCGGCUGUACUCUGAGGAGGGCAAGGGCCUGUUCACCGCGAGGAUGAAUGUGCUGGGCCACAUGCAGCAAGGAGGUUCGCCGACGCCCUUCGACCGCAACAUGGGCACCAAGAUGGCGGCCAAGUGCCUGCAUUGGCUUGUGGAGGCCAUCCAGAAGGGGCCCAGCAACGCGCCCGACUCCGCCUGCUUGCUCGGAGUUGUGAAGAGGCAGUACAAGUUCACGCCGCUUGAGGAUCUCAAAGCACAGACUAACUUUGCGCAAAGAAUACCUAAGCAGCAAUGGUGGAUGAAGCUCCGCCCGCUGCUGCGUAUCCUCGCGAAGCACGACUCUACGUACGAGGAGGAAGGAAUGUACAUGACCGUGGAACAAGGAGAGAUCGACUCCGAACACGUCAUCUAGACAGCUUAUUAUACAUUCUGCGACAAGGAUCAUAAUCAAUGCGUUCGAAA